CAAGGAGCGCUGUGCUCUGCCCCUGGGCCUCAGGGGAUAUCUCUCACUUCUCUCCUGAUAUCUGCCUGGAAAAGGGAAGACACAGACAGGAGGCCCAGCUGUCCUCUCUCCUCUAGUCUGCAGUUCCAUGAGGGAUGUGUCCCUCUCUAAUCACAUCAACUUAACCACUGCAGGUGGAAGGAGGAGCUAUCAAAGACAGCCACCACUGGGACAGAGCAACCACCACCACUGCCUCCCACAGCUGUUCAAAGAGCAUCAGUGCCUAAGUUCCAGCUUGACCCAGGCCAUGGGCUGUCCUCCCCACAUUAGGGCUGAGAGGGACUUCACAACAGGUGGCAGAGAAGCACAGGACAGACACAGCACAGGCAGCAGAUGACCCACAACCAAAAGCCAAUGCACUGAUGCACUGAUCUGACUACAGGAUCAAAGCUUUGGCCUUUUCAGUCUUUUUCAGGAGUGCUUUCCUGUAUUAAGGCUGAGAGAAUUGGGAUUGUUCAGCCUGGAGAAGAGAAGGCUUCAGGGUUACUUAAUUGUGACCUCCAGUGCCUACAGGGAGCCUAUGAGGAGGAUGGAGAGAGACUAUUUACAAACGCCUGGAGUGACAGGAAAAGGGGGAAUGACUUCAAACUGACAGAGAGUAGGUUUAGAUUGGAUAUUAGGAAAAAAUUCUUUCCUGUGAGGGUGAUAAUGCACUGGCACAGGUUGUCUAGAGAAGCUGUGGAUGCCCCAUCCCUGGAAGUGUUCAAGGCCAGGUUGGAUGGGGCUCUGAGCAACCUGGUCUGGUGGACGGUGUCCCUGCCCAUGGCAGGGGGUUGGAACAAGAUGAUCAUUAAGGUCCCUUCCAACCCAGACCAUUCUAUGAUUCUAUGAUUAUAUAGACCCUUUCUGGUCUUCAUAUAUUCUGAGUAAUAGAACCAUGUAUUCCAUAGAAACUAAAUAUAGUUCCCAAUGUCAAGAUAUAUCUGUUGCUUUAUAUGGAAAAAGUGUCUGAUUUUGUUUAUAUUUGGCAAAAAAAGAGUUAAUGCCUGAUGAUGAAUCCUUUGUGCUUGGUAGCUCUUGGAUUGUGCCAUUCUCACUGCCAGCCCAGGUGGGAAACUUCAGGUGCUGUCUCUAAGAGGAGUCAUUAAAAAGAUAAUUUUUUUCUUGUGUGGCAGGUUCAUCUAUAUCUCUUUUACUGAAAGGUCUGCAAAAAUACCCAUGUUCUCACAGAAAACAGGCACCUGCCUUUUUGUUUUCCAGGAAGAAAUUUGAGCAGAUGGAUGAAAAGAAUUACUAAAUAACACAAAGUGCUGGUCUGAAACUGGCCGGAGACUCCUUACUAACAGCAAAAGUCCCUUGAUCCCUCUUUGCAGAGCACAUGGAACAGUCGGUCACUGGUUUGCAGCAGCUGUCCAAACAGCACUAUGGGAAUUGUUUGGCAAAAAAACAUCCCCUGGCUCACAUCCCUGGCAGAAUUGACAGCAUCCUCACCACUCCAGGGACUGUCUCUUCCAGUGCUGGUUCAGCCUUCAGUGCAUCCAUGGAGCACAGUGCACAGUGACUGAGCCCAUCACCCCAAGGCAAUGGUUCUGCUGGUGGCAGUAGCAGAAGUGCUGUUGGUGCUGGGUUUGGCUGUGGAGUCCCACUCACUCUGCUCGCCCACCACCUUUUACAAGAACUGCUGGAUCCGACGCUUCCCAGGCCUUCUGAUUGACCUGCAGGAAUCACAGAGGAGGGGAGCCCGGAUGCUGAAGGUUUAUGCAGAAGUCUCACCCCAACAGUGCAGCAGAACCUGCUGCCUUCUGAAGAAUGUUUCCUGCAAUCUAGCAGUGUUCUACCAUGGAGCCAUCCACGAGAAUAGGAAUUGCCUGCACAUGUCUUGCCCAGCAUUGGAAAGCUGCAUCCUGAAGGCUGGAAUCAAUGUCAUUUUGUACAACAUCACAACAGGGAUUGAUCCAGAUCUUCUUAUUUUUGAAAAACUGACAUCCAAAGAGCCAAAUAUUCACUCCUCACUGAGUGAAUACGAAAGGCAGAAUAGCACAAAGACCACCGAGGGGGGAAGAUGCCAACACCACAAUGCCACAUCAAGUUCUCCUCUGCUCCAAGCUCCUGCCUCUACCACAAGCCAUGGCUUAACAUUAAACACUUACACCUCCAGCACAAGCCUCGUGGUCCAAAAUAACAAAGUUACUACUUAUUCCAGGGCAGAAACUUUUCCAACAGAUGACCAAUUUGCUAAGAGGACAAGCACAACUUCAGUAAGCACCAGGCAAGCCACCAGCUCAGACGAGAAGACCGAGCACUCAACUUUGACAUCCAGGUCUGCCAAUGGAGUAUCCCACAUGCCCACUCCUCCUCGUCUGAACAGCAGCAAGCAACACUUGAAUGAAACCAAGGGCUACAGUGGUAGGAAUUCUACUUCGGAAAAUGAGGCACCUGCUUGGGAAGUGUCAGCUUUGGGAGUCUGGUUGAUUCCUGUUGUUCUUUGCUCUUCUCUCCUCUGCCUUUGCUGUUGCACUGUUGCUCUCACAACAGGGCGCUGCAGCAGCAGGAGAGGUCAGUAUAAGCCCAUAAGAAGAAGAACAAAAAUGUCAAGACAAUUCAUAAAAUAUACUACUGUCAAAAGUAAUUUGUAAAACACUUGUCAGCAUCCUUUCUAUGGAACAAAUAGGCUUUUAAAAAUGCAUCCUAUAUACCACUUUAUUUCUUUUACAGAAGCAAUGAUAUUUUUUUCAUAAUAUUUCAGUUAUAAUUUAAUUCUUGUCUGAUGAAACACAAUUCCCCUGCCUCUUUAGCUAAGAAGUACACACUCAUAGCUCCCACUGUGUGCUCAGAGGUGUUCAAGCAUGGUUUGGUUCAUAAUCUGAUGCCAAGUGAUGUCUAACAAACAGUGCAACACUUUCCCUAAUUUAAGAGAGCAGGUUCACUGCAGCUGUACCUAUUAGCACAUCUGUGUGUCAGAAUAUUAUUUAAUUAGUAAGAUUAAUGCAGUGUUCAAAGACUAAACUGAUGAGGUUGUAAGGCCACAUGAAUACCUAGUUACAGCUGAGCAGAUUUCAGAAGAAAAGACCUCUCUAAAAUUGUCUUUUGGUCCACAUUGAUCAGCACUGGAACUUAGAAAACUGGAGUUUAAAAAACCCCUUUUUUAUAGUAUUUUAUUGACAUCAUAUGCUAAUUUGUAUGUAAUAGAAGAGAGACUGACACAGGAUAAGAACAUUUUAGAUGGGUAGUGUUAUUUAAUCAGUUGAAAUAACACAAAAGAAAAUUCUUCUAUUUCAGCUAGAAAACUUAGAAUUAGGUAUGACUUGUUUUUAAGGGCAGUCCUACGCUUAGGUAUGAAGUGAUAAAAACUCUAUAGGUGUGACCACUGCAUGAUGUACUUUAAAUUUGAACAGCCUUUUAUCAUCAAAUUGUACUUUCCUAAUUCAUAAUGAGGCUGAAUCUAGUCUAAAUAUCACAAAAAAUUUCAGCUAAGAAUGAUGAGACCCCAAGGGCUCUUCUGAGUUACAGUUGACAGGUAUUCUUUCCUAGUUUUUUGACAUCAAAAGGAAAGGAGCUAGGAGGAAGCAACCAAAAUACUCUAUAUUUUAUCAAAGGAUGAAUGUGGUGAUAUUGUAAAUAAAGAAUGUUUAUCAUCAUAGGGUAAUCUUCAUGGACCUGACCCCAAAAUGUAAAAGUCUCAGGGGUGACUCCUUUCAUUAGGAAACAAAGGCACAGGUGCAUCAGAGGAGGAACUCGGUUCCUCCAGCUGUAGAUGCCUGGGAUGUGCUUUGUAUCCUUUCUCCACAUCUUACACUGAGAUCAUCAACAGGCUCCUUUUUAGACCAGGAGCUGCAGACUGUGUGGCUCAGGAUUUUCUUUGUACAGUGCUCUACUUCAAAUUCCCUCUCAAAUUCUGAAGGAAAAGGUCGUGGCUCAGCAAGCCACCCUUCUGUUAAUGACAUAAGCAGGCUUAACUCCAUUUAUAAAGUCUUCACCAAGAAAUUAGAGCUUUGCAAAGUUCAUGUUUUGACCUCUACCACAUUCACAGAUCACAAAUCUGAUCAAAUACAUUAAAUAAACUGAUUAAUCACGUGCUCCA